GCUUUGGCUUGAUUUUGUUUAGGGUUUCUACACCACUAUUGUGAAUAACUCGUUUACUUGUGUUGGAAGUCAGAAAUUGAGGGAAACUUUAAUGGGUGAAAUAAGUUUUAAUACUUGGAAAUCAUUGAUUAAGAGCGAGAAUUUGAUGGAAAUUGGAAACUAUGGCUUGUAUGGUAAAGAAGAGCUUGAGCAACAGGUGAUAAACUUUGGAAAUAAGCUUCAAGAGCCACCUUCUUCGGUUGUUGAACUCCUUCUUCUUCUUAACGGUCUUGAGUAUUGUUUAUCAAAGAUGGGACAGAACCCAACUCGAUCAAUGCAAAAGGCACUAACUUUGCCAAAGAAUGCAUUGGUCACGGAUAAAUUUUCAAAUGAAAGAUGCCUUCCAGUUGAUUGUAUCAUCGUUUGAAAAUUUGACUGUUAAGUCCACCCGGUCAUAUGCUAAGACUGUUUCUAUUCUUGAGACUCUUGCCAAGAUCAGAUUGUGUGCUCUUAUGGUGGAUCUUGAAUGUGAUGGUGUCAUUAUUGAGAUGUUCAAAUAUUUUGUCAAGGCAUUGAAGACUAAUCACUCAAAGAAGGUUUUUUCACACAUGGAGACGAUAAUGGUUUUUGUCGUGGAAGAAAGUGAUGAUAUUUCUCUCGAGUUACUAUCUCCAAUCUUUGAGUGUGUAAGGAAAGACAAUGUGGAAGUUCUGCCUAUUGCUCGAAAGUUGGGAGGGAGAGUGCUUGCAGCUUGUUCUGCAAAGCUUAAACCAUAUCUAUUACAAGCCUUAAAACUAAAAUCUAUCGGUAUUUCUUUAGAUGGUACAGUAGUUAUUUUAUAUAUGCCAAGAAGCAUAAGUCCUCUGUCAUCUUUCUUGUUUUUGGAUUUUGUUUUCUGUUU